UCACCUGACGACUGAUUUACCGGAGAAAACGAGAAAACCGAGGAUGGCGAGUUUCAAAUAAUCCUCAUCACCACCUAGACUCGAAUUUCCCCAUAUUUAUGAGGAGAUGCUGAUGUCUGAGGAGAGUUAAGACUGUUUUUUAGUCAGGAGUUUGAUGUUCGGAGUCUCUGACAGGAUUCAGUGUUUGUGUUUCUGAUCGGCAGAGAUCAUGGAUUGGGGUUCAGCUCUUUGGGACCAGCAUGACGCCAUCGAGCGACACACUCAGAGUGAAUUGGAUCUGCUGGAGCGAUACAUGAAGUUUGUGAAGGAGAGAGCCGAGAUCGAGCAGAACUACAGCAAACAGCUCAGGAAUCUCUGUAAGAAAUACACCAGAAGAGGCAGCAAAGAGGAUCAGGACACAAAGUUGGUCAGUCAGCAGGGCUUUCAGGACGUGUUGGGUCAGCUGAAUGACUAUGCGGGUCAGCGUGAGCAGCUGUCGGAGAGUCUGACGCUCAGCAUCUGCGUGGAGCUCAGCCGCAGCCUGACGGAGCUCAGACAGGAGCGCAAGAACCAUCUCGCUGAAAUCAAGAAGGCUCAGCAGAAUCUGGAGAGCUCCUUCAAGCAGCUGGAGAGCAGUAAGAGGCGUUUCGAGAAGGAGUGGAAAGAAGCAGAAAAGGCCAAUCAGCAAACAGAGAAAGCGGAGCAGGACGCCAGCGCCACUAAAGCAGAUGUGGACAAGGCCAAGCAGCACGCAAACAUCCGCAUCCACAUUGCAGAUGAGUGUAAGAAUGAAUACGCUUCACAACUGCAGAAAUACAACAAGGAGCAAAACAACUACUACUACGCCGACAUCCCCUUUGUGUAUAAGAAGCUGCAGGAUCUGGAGGAGCGCUGCGUCCGCAUGCUGGCCGACGGCUACGUUCAGUUCUCAGACAGCGAGAAGAAGAUCCUGCCCAACAUCAACAAGUGUCUGGACAGCAUCAUCAGCAGCGGCCGGAGGAUCGACGAGAAGCAGGACAGUCUGGCCCUCAUCGAGCAGUAUAAGUCAGGUGCGGUUCCUCCUGCUGAUGUGGAGUUUGAGGAUUUCAGUCAGGUGGUCAAACCUGCAGCCGCUGAAAACUCUGCACACCUGCCCAAAGUGCGCAUCAAACAGCUCUUCCUCAAGAAGAACAAGGUGACGUCUCCUGAUAAACCCAUGCCGUUUUCGCAGGAGGAUCUCUCUCGUCUUCCUCCAGAUCAGCGGCGCCGACGACUGCAGGAGAAAGUGGAGGAGCUGCAGAAGGACCUGCAGAGAGAGACGGAGCAGAGCGAGGCUCUGAUGAAGAUGAAGGGUGUGUAUGAGCAGAACUCACAGCUAGGAGAUCCAUCAAGCCUCCAGCCGCAGAUCACACAAACUGCACACAACAUCGCCAGACUCAGAGGAGAACUGAAGAAACAACAGGUUCAGCUGACCGAAGCUGGUGGCGGGACGAUCCAGUAUUACCCCUCCAGCUCUGAGUAUAUCUCAGUGUUGAGCGAGUGCAGUGUGUCUCCCACAGAUGAGGAGCUGUACGAGUGUGAGUUUGAUGAGGACUUUGACUCAGACGUGCCCAUCGCUCAGUGCCGCGCGCUCUAUGAUUUCGACGGCAGCAGCGAGGGCUCGGUCAGCAUGAGUGUGGGUGAGCAGCUCAGUGUGAUGGAGCAGGAUCAGGGUGACGGGUGGGUGCGCGUGCAGAAAUCCUCAGGGGACGUGGGAUAUGUGCCGGCCUCCUACAUCCACGUCAUCUGACACGUGCGAGUGUGUGUGUGUGUGUGCGAGUGUGUGUGUGUGUGCGUGUGCGUGUGCGUGUGCGUGUGUGUGUGUGUGUGUGUGUGUGUGUGUGUGUGUGUGUGCGUGUGUGUGUGUUUUAGAUUCUUUAAUGUCAGUGUGUGUUCUGCCUCAAAAUGAUCUGUGUAUUUAAAGGGCCAGUUCACUCUAAAUUAAAGUCACCACCCUGUAAUGAAGCCAAACCUGUCUGAGAUUCUUCCCUCCUGAUAUUUUAAGAUGUUUUAAAGAGUGAACUGAAGGAUUAUUUAGUGUUGGACAGAGGAAAGAAGCUAAUAAAUGAUGUCAGGACUGUGAUGUUUGGGUGAACUGUCUCUUUAAGAUGCAGCAGCAUUGUGUUGUGUUGUGUAGUGUGUGUGUGUGUGUCCUGCAAUGACAUUUAUAUAUCAUGUGAGAUAUAAAUACAGCCCAAACCUUUACCCGUAACACUGUGUGCUGAAUUACUGCUGUAUUUAAGGUUAAAGUCAUUUGCCUGAUGAUCUGGACGGCCUCAUGCAGUGAUGUUCUGAUCAUUAUAGACUGGCUGCAGUUUUUAUCCACUGUCUCUUUAAAUUAUUUAGCUGUCUGAACUCAUUUGGAUUCUCUCAGGGUUGUUUAUUUUGAUGUUUAAAACUGAAUUCAGAUGAUAUUCUAGUCAUAUUACUCUUGUGUUGUUACAGAUAGAUCAAAUAAAGCAUUACUGAUUUUA